AUGAAGAGGGCGAAGGAGAAAGCGAAGGAGGGGGCUCUUUUGAGAGCUAUUUCCCCUUCAUCGCGGGAAGAACGAGCUCCAGCAUCGCGCCCUGAUAGGGGGGCGGCACCACCAAUCAGCUGCGAAGGAGAGGCGAGCUCUGAUUGGCCGAGGCUCUCGGCAAAUCAGGGGCGCCUCCCAGAGUAUAAAAGGAGGAUGCAAGUUGAAGAGAGUGCAGUCGCGCAGAACCAACAGCAGGAGAAGCAUCAGCUACAGAAACAACAGCAGCAAAACCACAGCAGCAGCAACAGUAGCAGCAACAGUACCAGCAGCACCAGCGCCUGCAAGAAAAGACAGAACUUCAGCAACUCCAGCAGCAACAACAGCAGCAGCAGCAGCAGCAACAGCAGCAGCA